AUGGACCGCAGCUUGCCAGUUUUCUCCACCCAAGACAGUACUUUGGGGGACGGCCCCCUGGGUCGAAGCCACUUGACCUGGCACCCCAAGACCCUGAGCUCAUCCAGGUCCCAGAGAUCCAGGCUCCCAGAAGCUUCCAGGGCUCUGGCCACAGGUCCCAAAUCCCCUGAGCUGUUUGAGGAGUCCUGGCCAUCCAGCUCAAGGACGCCUUCCCCACCCAGCACCACUGAGGGACAGAUGGGAGCCUCUCCACCACUCACUGUGACUGACAGUGGGGACUCUGUGGUGGCCAAGUACAUAAACCGGUUCCGACAGGCUCAGCCCACAAGCCGAGAGGAACGCGAGUCUGCAGGCCCAACCGCAGCUGACUUUUGGUGGCUGUGGCCUGAAUCACCAGACCCCAGCAGACAACUUGCAGCAGGAGCCAAUGAACCAGAAGGAAGACCCAACACAGCAGUCCCGACUCGUGCCAAGGUGGUCAGUGCAUCACAGACUAUGGCCCCGCUUCAGGAAAUAAAGCAGAGCCUCAACACGUGGAACUCAUCCCUGCUGGACUUGGAGACACUGAGCCUGCAAAGCAGAGCUGCCAGGCUGCUCAAAUGCAGCAAGGCCUCCAUCUCUUCCUCCUCCUCCCCCAGCCCCGGCGAUGCCGGCAUCUCCUCAUUCCCCGUCGGCUCUGAUGGCCUCUCUCCCUUCUCCAUGACCUUCACUCCUGACUCCAGCAAGGGCUCUGACCCCAAGGCACAAGCAACCCCAGCACCUGCCCCCAUCCCUACUCCAUCCCCAGUCUCCUCCCUGGCACCCCUGAGGCCAGAGGAUGACAUUCUAUACCAGUGGCGGCAGCGGCGGAAGCUUGAACAGGCUCGAGGAAGCCAGAGUGAUGGAACCUGGGUGCUGCCCCAGACCCCUGCCCUCACCCCUGCGGCUGAGUCUCGGAACGCCAAGGCCAUGCUCCCCCUAGUGGGAUCGGUGCCUAGGAAGGACAAAGACACUUUCUUGGCUGAAGUCGGGUGUAAGCCGCCCGAGGUCCGGCCCCCUCCAUUUGAGGAGGCGGCCACUUGUGUUAAGGACCCGCCCCGUCCAUUCAAGGAGGGGGCUCUUGAAGUUGUGAUCACGCCCUCAUCCGCUGAUGGCCACGCCCCCUCAGAGGACGUCCUCUUCCAGGCUGCCAGACUUCUUCAGGCUGCGGAAGACUCCGACGGCAGCGAGUUCCAGGACGACCCUAUACUGCAGGUGCUAAGGAUUCAAAGGGCGGAGCUGCGGCGGCAGAAAAGGAAAGUAGAUGCCCAGAUAUCCCGCCUGCUGGGCCACACUGAAGACCCAGGGUCUUGGUCUCCUCCAGCCAGCUCCAUCCUUGUACUUGCUCAGGUCAGAAGCCUCACAGCUGUCAUUGACUCCUCUCGUUCCCUCACACCCACAUGCCGGAGCCACGGGCGGCCGUUAGGGGCGGGGCCUGCAGCCGCCCGCGCGCAGCUCGCGCCCUCCCCUUUGUGUCGCCAUGGCGGCGGCAUCGGCGACGAGGACGACGAGCGAGGGGUCCAGCGCGGCUGGCGCCUGAGGAGGCUACGCGACCAUGGUGGUGAGGCGCCCACGCGGCCGUCAAUCUGUCGGCGAACGCGCAUCCCCCCUUCCACGCCCUGGAUGGGGGUGACAGUGGCCGAAGACCCAGACUUGGGAGGAAAAAGGGCUGGUCCAGGGAAGGACCCCGCAUCCUCCAAGUGGCCCCCGCACAGAGAAAGUCAGAUCCCCUCCUGCCUUGGGGAGCUUCAUGGGCUGGAGAGAGACCCAAGGGCUCGCAGCACUGACAGCCUGGAUGGCCCAGGGGAAGGCUCAGUGCAGCCUCUGCCCCCAGCUGGGGGGCCCAGUGUGAAGGGCAAGCCUGGGAAGAGGCUCUCGGCUCCUCGAGGUCCCUUUCCCCGGCUGGCUGACUGUGCCCAUUUCCACUACGAGAACGUUGACUUCGGCCACAUUCAGCUCCUGCUGUCUCCAGAGCGUGAAGGUCCCAGCUUCUCUGGAGAGAAUGAACUGGUGUUUGGGGUGCAGGUGACCUGUCAGGGCCGUUCCUGGCCAGUUCUCCGCAGUUAUGAUGACUUCCGUUCCCUGGACGCCCACCUCCACCGGUGCAUAUUUGACCGGAGGUUUUCGUGCCUCCCAGAGCUUCCCCCACCCCCAGAGGGUGCCAGGGCUGCCCAGGUAAACUACUUGUUGUCCUUGCCCCUACCUCAGCCAAGGUGUGUCCUCAUCAGAGAUGUGUGA